AUGGAACGCAUACGCGUUGCUCCCCCGCUCCCUCCUGAAAUCCUUUCAGAGAUUCUGAACUAUUUCCCCGAUUGGGAGCCUAAUGACAUUGUCCGACUUGCCACGGUGUCGCGGGCGUUCUAUGGGGCUUGUACCCGACGACUAUAUCGUGAAAUUUACCUUUAUGGUGAAAAGCAGUUUCGAGGGUGCAUCGAAACCCUGGCGUUCAACUUGACCGCAUCGUCCUGCGUCAGGACGAUUGAUAUAAUCAUCUGCGAGAAUAUUCACCUAGACAACGCGUUCAAACGGACAUUACGCGCAGCCAUGCAGAAUAUCGCGCCUUCCGUCACAGCUCUUUGUUUCAAGCUGUCUUUCGAGUCCCAGGUCGACCCUCUCCUUAGACGGGUGUCGUUCCCGCGUCUGUCGAAGUUCUCCACAAGGAGCGGCCUGACCAAAGACGUGGCGCGGUUCCUUAACCAACACAGCACGAUUGAGGAGCUGAUGAUUGGACCCGGCGUUGACGUUCCCAAGUCUUCUUCCGAGCGGUCUCGCAAAGACAUCUGCGUUGAGCUCCCAGCUUUGCGCCGCUUCUACGGCCCCUCCGAGGCGCUUGCUAUACUUCUUCCCAAAUCCCGAGUAACUCAUGUGGCGUUCAAGGGCGCUGUCUGCGACGGGAUUAUGGACGCGUUGGCCUCGUCGGAGAUACCCCUCAAGAAAUUGACUUUUGAAACUGCGCUGUCGUUCCCUGUGCACACUGCUUUUACUGACUUCAGCGGACGGUUUACUCAUUUGGGAAAACUGCGCUUUUAUUCGGUAAAGCUUGGGGAGUGGUCGUUCAAUUCUCCGUUUUUUGCUAGUCUAAAGUCUGCUAUACGCCACAUGCCCUCCUUGAACCGCUUGGAUGCCCUCAACGCGUUCUCCUUCCAUUAUCCAGAUGUUCCCCGAUCUGCUCUGGAAACCGACUAUCGCUGCCUGAUGGAAUUGACGCACGUUUGCCCCUCACUAUCCUUCUUAACAUCGCCGUAUGGAAUAUGGUGGGGAAGGCUCAAAGGGUCAGGAGAAUGGACGCCACUGUGCGAAAACAUCGAAGCCUUGAAGUGGUGGUGGGAAAGGACGUCGCUGUUGCUCUGUCUACAACGACGCGCGUUCCAGGUGUUCGUCAAGGAGCCUUCCCCGGAAACUGCUUCCCAGACCGAGGAGAUCGACUCGCUGAAUCGCAAGGUUGGGGAUAUCGCAUCCCGCGUUCUCAACCGCGCCUACGGAAAAGACGGUACAGGAACGACACUGCUCCAAGUCCCGGUACGAGGUACGCGGCAACAGCUAGUGCAGCCCUAUGAAGAAAUGGAGCUAGAACAGAUCCCCUAUACCCCCUCCUUCGUCUGGCACCAUUUCACCACCAGCAUCGGCAUCGCCUCCCUCUACCCUAUCGACUUGGGCGACUACGACGACGAUACCUUGACCACACCCUUCCUCAACGACGACGAUAUCCCACUUCUGGAUGAGAACCAGAAGGAGAUGAUGGAUUUUGUGCUUGAUUUGUUUUGGACGUCGAUGUUUGGAGGGGGUUUGGCGCUUGGUUGGUAUGUGAGGGAUCCGGUUGGGGAUUGGGGGAAGAGGAUGUUGAAGUUGUAUGUUCAGUCGCUUUCUUCGCAGUUUUUUAAGAGGCAUGGGCUUCGACCGAGGGCUUCAUCCCAGGUGUGA